CAAACACUGAGCCUUAAAAAGGCGCAUCACAUCCCGCCAACACAUCUUGCUUUCCUUCUUUCACCUUCGUCGACUUUGAUAGUCCCUUUUUUUCUCGCACAUCCUAUUUCACUUCAUAUCGCCAAUAUGCCUGACGAAUCUUCGAAGCCUGCACCAAUCCCUGACCUCUCCGGUACUCUUCUCGAAGACCGCCUUCUCUUCAUGGAAUGUCUUGGUGCUGGCAGCUUUGGCAAGGUCUACCGCGCGAUUGACGUUACCUCGCAUAAGGACGAUCCCUGUAUCUUUGCCGUCAAGUGUCUCCGUAAACCUGAGCGUGGUUCGUUCGAGGCGGACCUCCAAAGGCGCGAAUUUCUCAGCCAUCUCGCUGCUUCUGACCAUGACAAUGUCGUCACUCUCCAUGAAAUCAUCAUCGAUAAACCUUAUGUUUACGUUGUGCUCGACCUGUGUGCCGGCGGCGAUAUGUUCCGCGCUAUCGUCACGGACGGCUACUUCACUCAGCGGACUGACAGAAUCAAAGUCGCCUUUCUGCAGAUUCUUGACGCCCUGCACUACUGUCACCAACACAGCGUUUUCCAUCGUGAUAUCAAACCGGAGAAUAUCUUGUUUUCGAAGGAUCACUCUCAGGCGUUCCUCGCAGACUUUGGUUUAGCGACGCUAGAGCCGUAUUCAGACGAGCAUAGGUGCGGUAGCUGGGAGUAUAUGAGUCCCGAGUGCAUUGGCAAGGAAUUCGGGUUCCGGGGCAAGUUGUAUUCAACACGAGCCAACGAUACUUGGGCCCUUGGCGUGCUUCUUGUCAACAUGAUUACGGCUCGAUCACCGUGGGCAGUAGCUAGGAAGAAAGACAAAUGCUUCGAGGCCUAUCUCGCCAACAACGACUAUUUUCUAGCCGUUCUACCCAUCUCGGAAGGCGCGAACAAUAUUUUCAAGAAGAUAUUUGACCUUGACCCUUCGACGCGUAUCUCCCUUCCACAGCUCCGUAGCGAGAUUGUCGCGCUCGAUACAUUCUUCUCGCCAGCCCAGGAUCCCGUCACCAGUGAAUCCAUGCCCAUAAAACCUGACAAGACAUCGCCUCGUAACUCAGCUUGCCUUCGCCGCUCCGGUAUAUCUAUACAGCCUGCUCUUUCAUCCCGUGGUAUUGGUCUCCUCAGCAUCACCCCUUCUUUCAUCGACAGGAUCGGACUACUCGUCGUCAAGGAUAUUGACCCUGCUUCUCCGCUGUCCGCUCCAGGGCCGUCUGCUGUAGAAACCUCGGUCCUCGCUGUUCCUGAUGCGAGCACUUCACUAAUGUCCGCGGCGAGCAGCAUCGCGCCUAUAACUCCCGAAACACAUGCUGCUGUGGUCCCAGUUGAGAUUGAGGAAGUACCGGGUAUCCCGGGGAACGAGGAUUUGGAAUCGGUAGUAAGGAAGGGGCACAAAUUUAGGGACCUGAGGAAGCCGACAUGGGUUCGAGAUGUGGUUCCGAAGAGCAGUUUUUUACAGAGAUUUGUGCAGCGCUUGACGCCGGCGUCAAGAAGCAUUCGCUAGUACGGAGGCAUAUCGGACAU